AUGGGGCGCAGAAAGAUCGAGAUCAAAGCGAUCAAAGAUGACCGCAAUCGCUCAGUCACAUUUUUGAAACGCAAAGGCGGCUUGUUCAAGAAGGCACAUGAGCUCUCCGUCCUGUGUUCCGUAGACGUCGCCGUCAUCAUCUUUGGCAGCAACAAAAAGCUUUACGAAUACUCAUCAAAUGACAUGCGCGACCUGAUCGGACGAUACACGUACCAUGGCGGCCCCAAUGAGCACAAGGGUCCCAACGACUUCAAUGGUGGCGGCGACGAUGGGUCUGACGACGAGGUCGAUGGCACACCACCCCCAGGCAUGCAAAACGAAGCCGUCGAGUCGCACAUGAUGCCGCCGCACUAUCCCGGCCAGGCACCUCCACAGUUUGCGCAGUUCCGUCACGGCACACCAUCUGCGUCCCCGCCCAUUCCGAACGGCGUGGGCUUUGCGCAACAUGCCGCCGCGACACAGGCCAUCCAGCGCGGCCACACGCCGCAACCUCCCCAGAACGGAUCUCGGCCGACGUCGCGAAACGAUAUGCGCCGCAUGCCACCAAACGUGCCACAACCAGGUCCGCCACAAGGGCCCCACCAACCCAACGGGUACGCCUUCAUGCCACACCCAGCCAUCUACAACCCCCAGGCCCAGCAAAACAUGGCUCCCAACAUGAACCAGCCCGGCCCGCAAUAUCCGCCCUACGCACCUCCAGCGACAACCCACGCUCCGCCACCUCAUAUGCAGCAGUACGUAGACGAGCGGCCGGCCUCGAUGCCACCGAACUUCCCCCCUCAGGUUCCUCAGGGUCCGCAGGGCAACUCACUACCACCUCCGCCGCAAGUCCAGCAACGGCACUCGGUGUCGCCGCCUCAAGCACAUGCGCAGCACCCACAGACUGGUCCCCGGACAUCACCGCCAAACGCGCCGUCUCUGCCGCCGCCGCCACAACAUAAUCCCCACCCGAAUCAGCAGCAGCCACAGGUCAAGCACGAGGACGCAAACGCACCGCACCCGCCGCAGAUUCAGGAGCCGCAACCGCCGACACCCGUCGAGCCAAAGCCAGACCCUGAAUGGCAUGAAGUGAAGAAGCUUCCACAGCGGAAGCAGUACAGUAUCUUCACGCCCAUUGACGAGAGCCGAUCCAUCUUGUCACAGCACCUGGCUGCCUUCCGCGGCGAGUCGGUCAAGGCGGAGCCGUCCACAUCGGGUGCCGCGAGCACCAAGAACAUCGACGUAAACAGCAGCAACCGAUCACAAUCCGUGGACUCGGGCAACAUGGCCUCGCGCAGCAGCGCCACCUCCUCGCCGCCCAGCAACAAGGCUGCCGACAGUGCCGCAGCACAGAUGCCCCAGCCCAAAUCGCGCGUGUCGAUCUCGUCCAUUCCAGAAACCAUGUUCACGCCACCGUCCAGGCAAAGCAGCCUGCGUCCAGGCGGGCCGUUGCGGCCUAGGCUGCGGGUGGAGAUCCCUCCGGAUGGGUCCGAGGACAACAGCGCCGCCACCGGCACAGGAGGCUCCGCUUCGUCACCUCGCAAUCCAAGCGACGCGGGUCCCCUCGGCGCGAGACGCAACGGCGAUACGCACACGGGCAUGGUCCUCCCGCCACCGUCGCCUUCGGCGUCCGCGAUAUUGUCAGCCGGCGCGUCCGGGCCGCCUAAUCCUUUCGCUCGACCGAUUCCCCACCAGAGCAGCAACACCAACAACAACAGCAGCAGCAACAACAUGCACAUCGAUACGCCCGGAUCUGCGCUGCCGUCUCGGUUCCUGAACAACGAACUGUUGCCCAGCCCGAGCAGUUUCUAUCCCGAGUGGGGGUUCGGCCGUGGCAACGACAGUGCGACGCUCCCGAGUCCGCUGAACUUUGCCACGCCCAUUGUGGGGACAGGGCCGAGCUUCCUGCGGGAUGACCACGCAUCGUCCAACAACAAGCGCAAGAGUCCUGAAGCCAGUGCAGGCGCGUCGUCCUCGGAUCCGAUCGACCACAGCAACGAGCCGAAGAGGGUCAAGGUCGACUCCUAG